AUGGUGGUCCGUUGCCCGUCGAGAGUCCGCGCUCAGCGUUUUCAACGCGGCUCGAGCUCGAAUCGCCGUCCCAAAGUGCCAGCGAGUAGUCGUUCUAUUUUCGUCCUCCCCUCGACGUCGGCGCGUGCGCACUACGAGGAGAUUUGCUCAAAGGAGUUUAAUGCACUGAAACGCCGACGCCUGUCAAUCUCUAUGUACAGGCGCACGCUCUUUUGGGACGUUCGACACUUUCUUAUGUGCGAGCUUCACGCAAGUGAU